GGUUGCAGGGAGGCGCAAGGGCAGACGACCGAAAAUGAAUAGGCAGAAGUUGUCUUACGGGGCUUUGACUUUGGCUGUGAUAGUUGUAGCACGUGGCGUAGCAUGCGGUCCGACGGCGACGAAAUUAAGUCACAAAGCCGGCGUCUUCAAAGAUUUCGCCUCUGAAAAUACCAAAGUGUCCUUGUCCUGUCGCUCCAAGGACAUAGUAGUGAACUUGGCCUUCACUCAUCCCUUCCGAGGCCUGGUGCAUGCAGGGAGAAAGGAUGGAGAUUGCAGCUUUAGGGGGGAUGGAAACCGUACGUACUCACUCAACGUACCGCACACUUCCUGUGGUACAAUACAUGUGACCCCACAAGACAGUUUUGCAAACACUCUGACGAUUCGAUACCAUCCUGCAUUGGAGCUGGAAGGAGACGAGAUCAAAACAAUUCUCUGCAAGUACGGAACAGGAAGCAUACAACUGGAUAACAUGACAUCAAGUAGAAGGGAUGGCAACUUUAGCAUUAAGACAACCAGAACCCACACAGAAGAGACAAUGACUACACUACUGUGGGCAUGUCAAUGGCAGUAUCUUACAAAAAUGACUUCUAGAGAUGCUUCAAAAAACACAUACAUUUUGAAACACAUUUUUUUCAAUACAAUAUUGGAAUUUGAAGUUUACAUUCGGCAGAAACCAAAAAAGAUAGUUGUAGCACGUGGCGUAGCAUGCGGUCCGACGGCGACGAAAUUAAGUCACAAAGCCGGCGUCUUCAAAGAUUUCGCCUCUGAAAAUACCAAAGUGUCCUUGUCCUGUCGCUCCAAGGACAUAGUAGUGAACUUGGCCUUCACUCAUCCCUUCCGAGGCCUGGUGCAUGCAGGGAGAAAGGAUGGAGAUUGCAGCUUUAGGGGGGAUGGAAACCGUACGUACUCACUCAACGUACCGCACACUUCCUGUGGUACAAUUACAUGUGCUAAUUCAAUGGCUCCAUCUAUGAGCUAUCUACACUGCCGUGUGCAGACCCCACAAGACAGUUUUGCAAACACUCUGACGAUUCGAUACCAUCCUGCAUUGGAGCUGGAAGGAGACGAGAUCAAAACAAUUCUCUGCAAAGUACGGAACAGGAAGCAUACAACUGGGAUAACAUGA